UGAUAUUUUGGGUACAAUGUGGAAUGCAAAUCAGUUUUCAUAUGUCGUCUUCCUGAUAUUUUCCAAUCAAAUUUUAACAUUGACAGCAAAUCAAUGUGUAAAAUUGUUAAAUGACAAGUGCUCAAAAGGACAAGGGUCUUACAAUUCUACGGUGUUUCCAAAUGUUCUCGGACACUUGGAUUUUCCACACGCAGAGAUCGAAUUCAACCAGUUCCUGCCAUUAAUAACCUCGUUCUGUAGCCAGUCUCUGCUUCCGUUCCUGUGCAGUGUAUACUUCCCCAAAUGUGAUCAGCAGACGACACAGGUUUUGCCGCCAUGUACCACAGAAUGUGUAAAGUCUCUUGCCGAGUGUUCAUUUCUUUUUUCAUUCUAUGGAUUUGACUGGCCAUCUGAGCUCAGCUGUGACCGUUUUGCUGUUGGGAAUCACUGUCCACAACCAGAUGUGUCUACCUGCUCGACAGAUGUAACAAAAAUCACAGAAAAACCAUGUAUCCAAUACAUCAAGAAGGCAGCAACAAACACUUCCACCUUCUGGUUCGGUGUGCCUUACAAGUCUGUGUGCCCAAAAGGAUCUUCGACAUCAUUCAACUGCACAAACGCUAGAGAAGAUUCAGUCGAUAGCAUUGGAAGCCGCCUUGGAUUGGACCUUACUAAACUCGACCGAACUAUCAACAUUACAUACACAUAUGGAGAAGGAUCAUAUUCAACAUGCGGAUCAAAGGUCAGAGUAUGGAAUGGUAACUAUCUAGAAGUAAAACCCGGUGAUGGUGUUUAUAAAUCCUAUGAUGUACAUUUAUUUCCAAAAGUUCAGUGGCAUUCUGCAAAGAGUGAAUUCGACACCCUUGUUAUUUAUGAUGUUGGAAACCUGUAUGUUCACGGAAUAUUUGUCAAUAUUGCGCAUGGUGUAGUUUCAUCCGGACAAACAAUAAAACCGUAUUUACACCCCAUCCCACCACAAACGGAGCCAAAUCCAUUUGCUUUCAUUGUGUAUAAACAAUCUAACGCCGUCGUGGUCUCAGAUUCUACAAAACAAAUGCUACAACAGACGACAGACCUGGGAGUUGUAAUUACUGCCCUUGGGUUGACAGGUCCAGUUGCUUUGAACUGGAUAAAUGUGGUACGUGACCCCUAUGCCAUCCAGUCUUUGAUGGAUCUACACAUUGCGGAUUUAUGUCCAUAUUUUGAGACGGAAGUACUGCUGAAACACAAUCGUCCAUUUAUUCCAAAAGCCACGGAAUUAGACGUUUCUUUAUCGGUCACCUUCCAUCCAUCAGAUAUAACUUUUGAUUCUUGCUGUUCAUCAUAUACUCAAACAGCAAAAACAAUCACUCUGAAUUCUGCUGCCACAACAUAUGUAAAUACUGCUGAUGUUCGCACCGCGGUUGUCCCAUCUGUCAGUUUCACAAAAGCCGGAAUUUUAGCACAGUCCAAAAUUACCGACACUUACACACUUAUUUGCCUUGAUCCCGAUGCAUCUGCUAGCCAUGCACCCAUUGUUCACUGGAUGGUUACCAAUAUUCCUGACGGCAACAUUCAAAAUGGACAGACAGUGCUACCAUACAUGGGACCGAUGCCCCCAGCUGGCAAGAAUCAUACGUACUACUUUCUGCUAUAUACACAGGCGUCUCCAAUAGAUGGCAGCAUUCUCAGUGGCUAUGUCGGACAAAACUGUCACAGCAGAUGUCUAUUCGAGAUAAACAGGUUUGUAGCAGACAAUCACUUGACUUUGAGUGGUGCGCGAUGGAUGGAUGCGCAUUAUGACCCCUAUGUACGUCACCUUUACACGACUCAGCGUGGAUUGGAUGAACAUUCCGUCUGUCAUGGCGUCAAUGGUUAUCAUGCUCAUUGCAACGAAGGGGUUGUUGUUGUAGGGUAA